AUGGCACCGACGAUGCUCAAAUACAUCCUGGGCAUGCUUUUCCCGCCGUUCUUCAUGGGCGUGAGCAUUUUCUAUUUCGCAACUACUCUCCUGAGCAACCCACUGCUCACGCUGCGCGACUUUUCCGCCUUCAAGGAAAAGGCGUUUGCCCGGCUCUGGCUCAAAUACGGACCCAUGUUCGCCGACGAUAUCCCCCAAGACAUUUCAGUCCUGCUCGCGCAGUGCCGCGGGCUCGUGCUCGACGUCGGCCCGGGCUCCGGCGAGCAGCUCAAGCGCUUCACCCACCCGGAGAACAUCACGGCCAUAUACGGCGUCGAGCCGGGCGUCAGUCUGCACGCGCAGUUGAGGGACAAGGCCGGCAAGGCCGGCUUGGGCGGCAAGUACCACGUCCUCGCCGCGACGGCGGAUCUGGACGCCAUGAUCCCGCAGCUGAUCAAGGCCGGUCUUCUGGUCCAGCCGGGCAAGACCGGCGCGGUGGAUCUGCAGCUCUUUGACGAGAUCGUCUGCGUGCGCGUCCUCUGCGGCGUGCCCGACCAGGCCGCCUCCGUCGCCGACCUGUACAGCCUGCUGAAGCCCGGCGGCCGCUUCGUCGUCUGCGAGCACGUCCUCAACUCCCACCACUGGCCCGCCCGCCUGGCCCAGCGCCUGUACAUGCUCAUGGGUUGGCGCCAGCUGAUGGGCGGCUGCUGUCUAACCCGCUCCACGGUCGACACGCUCUUGCAGGUCGCACAGGCCCGCGACGGCGGCUGGGCCGAGGUCAAGAUCUCUGUGGACGACGAGUACUCGCCCUCGAUGCACGUCACGGGCGUUUUAACCAAGAAGAAGAAGUAG